AUCCUACACAGUAACACACCUGCGCCGCCAAUGGCAGUGAGCAGUAACACACCUGCGCCAGCCACUGCGUGUUCUUGGCGUACAAAAGAUAGGAGCAGGACGAGUGUAGUACUACUAGUACUAGUACUAGUGGAGUAGACAGUGGUGCUUUUGGGUGGGGCUGGCUGGAUUGCUUGCCUGGCCUGGCUCCUCAAAAGCAGAGGGGGGAAGGAAGGGAAGGCAGCUGCAGCGAGCAGCGCGGAGGAGAGGAAGGCAGGAAUCAUUCGGCCGCAAAGCUGCCGUCGGCACCUCCGCACCACUGUUCCCGCUUUCCGGGGCCGGGCGGGACCGCGCGAGCCUAUCCAACCCCCGCGCGUACGUCCGCUCCCUCGCCGUGUCCGCGUCUGCGUAGUUGAACGCGGGCGCAUCGGGAUUUUGGUGGCGCUGCCAUCGCACCUCCACCACCAUCGCCGCCUUUGUUGUGUUGAUUGGUACGAGCCCUGAGAUGUUUCCGCUGCUGCUUAUAUCCACCAUCCCGGCCUUCACGCUGCUCCUCGUCGCGCCCGCCACUAAGCCCUGCUGCAAGCUCGUGCGCGAGCUCGGGCUCCUCGCGCUGCUGCUCGUGCGGGAGCUGCUGCACCACUCCACCGCCGCGGGGAGGAAGGAGCGGGAGCGCGGGGCGAGGAUGAUUUCUCAGCCGUUCAAGGCGAAGCCCGCGGCGGCGACCGCAUUGGUGGUGCCGAAGGAGGACGUGGCCGCGGGCCUCCCGCUGCUCGACCUGCCGGAGCUGGCGCUGGACCGCGUACUGGAGGAGCUCGCCCCAGCGUCGCUCGCCGCGAUGGCGUGCGUGUGCGCCGCGCUCAGGGACCGCUGCUCAGCUGACACCCUGUGGGAGCGCCACCUGCGCCGGAAGUGGGGGCUCGUGCUCGGCGCCGCAGCGCGGAAGGAGUGGGAGGCGGAGCUGGGCGCCAAGGGGAGCCGCGCCGGCCCGCCGAGGCCGAGCCGCCGCAGGAGCUGGGUGGACUCGCUGGCCUGCGCGUCGCCGUUCUCCUGGAUCGGCUGCCGCUGGCUCAAGGGCGACGCCACCGCCACCCCCGCAUCUGCCGCCGAGCCCGCCCCCGCCGCGCCGGCGGUGGACACGGUGGCUGCGUGGUACCGCGCUCUCGAGUGCGGCGAGUUCUGGUUCCCCGCGCAGGUGUACAACCGCGAGCAGGACGGGCAUGUCGGCUUCGUGCUCUCGUGCUACGACGCGCACCUCCGCUAUGACAGGCGAACUGACACCUUCACCGCGAGGUACCCGCCGCACGGCCGGAAGCCGGCGAAGGAGGAGGACGGCGUGCAGUGGAGCAGGAUCCGCGCCCCGCCGGUGAGCACGCCGCCGCACGAUCUGCAUGUGUCGGACUGCCUGGAGGAGCUGCGUCCGGGUCACCACUUCGAGAUCCAGUGGCGCAAGAACAAGGAUUUCCCCUACGGUACAUGCUCACAUCAUCUGCGAAAGGCAGCUAAAGUUUAUCCUUGUAUUGCUUCUGGCUGGUGGUAUGGUGUCGUGGGUCACCAGGAGUCGUGCAACGCGAACGAGCAUCUGUGUCGCUGCCACGAAGACGAUAUGGUGGUCCUGGAGUUCCAGCACUACGCCCCAGGCUCGCGAUGGAGGCAGACCACUGUGAGCAGGAAGGAUCACAGAGAGAAAGGGGACGAGACGGACGGUUUCUACGGAGGCAUCAGGAAGCUCCAGAGCAAAGACGAGAUAUCGACGUGGCGAAGGUUCUGGCCGGUUGAUGUCAUCAACUGAAGAUAAUUUUCGCGCUCUGCGCAUCUCCACCCCAAAUUCCCGAUGUACAGUUCUGGAGAGCUGCAGCAUUCGUCCGAACAACUCUGAAACCCUUCACAUGUCUGAAGGAUCUUUUUUGCUACAGAUAUUUGAUGCAGAAGAAUUACUCUGUCCAAUAUUAUUAGAACAAGAAUAGUCUACGAACGAUGUACAGAUUUAUCCAGUUUUCGCCUUGUGCUGUCGUAUCCUGGUGGUUUAUGUAACAUGAUUCUUCAGAAUGUAAUGCCAUAAAUUGCGAUCCAGCUAAUUUUAGUCUUU